AGCUCGGUCCAAUUGUUACGCGAGUUCCCCAGGGCUCGCUUUACGUUCCCCAAGUACUUAGUCGACAGUAUGGAAGCCACGGGUGGCCAAUGAUAACCAGUGGAUAUCAACAAAUUAAAACGAAAGCUGGUUGUGAAUUGAGUCAAAAAUGGCAGACUUUCUGAAAGGACUUCCUGUCUACAACAAGAACAAUUUCAGCAGAUUUCAUGCAGAUUCUGUCUGCAGAGCUUGGAAUAGGAGGCCAUCAGUGUACAUUCCUACCUGCGAAUGCCCUUCUGAACAGAUCAUUGUUACAGAGAAAACCAACAUUCUCCUCCGCUACUUGAAUCGGCAGUGGGACAAAAAAAAUGCAGUGAAGAAGAGGGAACAGGAGCAAGAGGAAGGCGAGAAUCCAACCCCCCCUCGGAAAAUCGCCAGAACAGACAGUCAGGAAAUUAAUGACGACACCUAAGUGUUCUGACAGGCAGGCACACAUUUUCAUAAACGAUGCAGGUAUAGUGCAGACAUAAUCAUUGUUUGUUCAUUUUCUUUAUCGUUCAGUUGCUUUCCUGUCAUGGUCAGAAUGCCUUUUUUCCAGUUGUACUGCCCCGGUUUGGCCACAAGGGGUGCUGUAACCCUUCUCUCCAUGAGCUGACACGUCCUGCAAAAGGAGGGUCAUUCUGGGAAGAUGUCUGUGUUGUGUUGAUGUUCAACAGGUUCAUUUGUCUUUAGUUUUGUGGCAAGUUCUGUUGCCUGUAGCAGUGAAUUAUAAUUUUGUUCAUAUUUCA